AUGGCCGCGGAACAGCGCGCCAACAUUAAACAGGCCGAGCUCCGCAGAAAGUAUCUUGCCGAGUCGUACAAGACGGAGGUGAGCCGUCUGGAGAGACUGGAGGCCCAGGAGCGCCGCCGGGCAGAGGAACAGGCCAAGGUGGAGCAAGCCGCGCGUGAGUACAAGGCCUCGCACGCCGAGGUGUACACGAUGCCGACCGUCGAGAGCUAUCUGGAAGGCCCUUUCAUACGGCCGCGCACGGAGGAGGAAAAGGAGGAGCUGAGGCUGAAGCGGGAGGCGAACCGGCGUGCGCGGGAGCUGGAGCACAAGCAGGCCCAGGCGGUGAAGCUGUUGGAACUGUACAACGCGGCGGCGAAUUUUGCCGUGACGGACGAAAAGCUCAAGGAGAUGGUGGACAGCGCGUUCUCGGACAGAAAGCUGCAGGCGGUGAAAGACAUGCUGAGCGUGGAUCUGAGCGGUCUGGGCUCGCAACCAAGCCCGGGCGAGUUUGACAAGACGGUUGCAGAGGUGAUCCUGGGCACUGUGAACAAGGGUCCUUCGCUGGACACUGUCGAGGACACGUUGAGCGGCUUCAACGAGCGGAUUUUGGAAACGGCGCAGACAAAGAUGGAGGAAAAAAAGAUGGAGCUCAAGUUGAAAGCAGAGGAAAAGCGGAGACAGCUGCGGAAGCUACAGGAGGAGAUUCUCCGCGAGCGGGAGCAGAAGAAUGAAUAA